UAAUGCUUUUGUUAUUCGUGUUAGUGAAUGUAAAUAAUUUUAUUAAGUCAGAGCAUUCUUUGAGUAUUUCCUUAGAACAAAAUGAUCUAGAAGAUACUAUACAUUUCCAAUAAGAAGAAACUCUAACACUUUUAGAUAUAGCAAACGAACUUGAGCAAUACCAUUUAUUUUAAGUUUUGGGUACUAUGAUAAAGAUAUUAUAAAACUAGGAAUUGAAGCUCAGGAUAGAUAAAUGAAAAGGCUGGCAGUGGCAUCAAUAAUAUCGAUAUUAACAAUUGCUGCAUGCUGUGGAUGCUCAUAAAUAAUAUAAGCAUAUUCAAAAUCAUGCAAGUAGAAACUCCCACCUCCAAAAAAUUAAUAUAGAAGGAUAGAACAAAAUGCUGACUCUAUAUGA